AAGUUGAAUUAAAAUUUUCGACUUCUAAGUGAACAAGUUGAACCAAACCUAUCUUCGAAAUUCUCAUGUUGUAAUACUAUGUAGCUGAAAUAGCAUUUGAUACGGUGACUUGGUAAGGAUUAUACUCCGUAUCUCAGAAUCUAGAGGUUCCGAGCCUAAUAGGACGUACACGUAGCGAGUAAUUUCUUUACCCAAAAAAAAAAAAAAGAAGUACAAAAACCCUCUCCUCUCCUUCCCAAGAAUAGAAGAUAAACCCUUUCCUAGUUUCAACACCCAGAAGGCCAAACCACUUUCCUCCGCAUCACCAAACCAAACCAAAUGGGUCUUCUAUGGUGGAAGCGCAAGGACAAGUCCCCGGAGACAAAACCACCACCGGAGAAAUCUAAAUCAAAACCCGGCGAAGCGGUGGAAGGUUUGAACGGCGCCGUGGAAGUCCGACGCCCUGCUGCGACGGAGGUAACCGUUUUUGAAUUCGGGUCGGUUGCUGCCUCCACGGAUAAGGUUACGCUCGCUGGGUAUUGCCCUGUUUCUGAGGAACUCGAGCCUUGUCGUUGGGAAAUUCUCCCUGCUGAUGAUUCUAACGCCCCCCAAUUUCGGGUUGUUUUCUGAUCAAUCUUUUUUUUUUUUUUUUUAUUUUAUUUUAAUUUUCAUAAUUUCAAUGUUAUGGAAUUAAGUGUUUUCUUGUAUCUUGAAUGUUAUUAUUAAUGGAAAAUUCUCAAGAAAUUUGGGGUUUAAUUUU